AUGCGGAGCAGUGUGAAGAAGCAGCAAGAACGACCCGCGGACGGACCAAACCCGGACACUGCUGCAUCCCCGCGUCCAGCGCCGACGUCCCCCGCCGCUGCCACGCCCAAAAGAAAGGCUGAAGGGAAUACUAAAGGAGAUAAAGCCAAGGUGAAGGACGAGCCACAGAGAAGAUCUGCAAGGUUGUCUGCUAAAACUGCUCUUCCAAAGCCAGAGCCCAAGCCUAAAAAGGCCCCUGCAAAGAAGGGAGAGAAGGUCCCCAAGGGGAAGAAGGGGAAGGCUGAUGCCGGGAAGGAUGUGAAUAAUCCUGCAGAAAACGGAGACGCCAAAACAGACCAGGCACAAAAAGCUGAAGGUGCUGGAGAUGCCAAGUGAAAUGUGUGCAUUUUUGAUAACUGUGUACUUCUGGUGACUGUACAGUUUGAAAUACUAUUUUUUAUCAAGUUUUAUAAAAAUGAAGAAUUUUGUUUUACUUUUUUUUUUAAGCUAUGUUGUUAGCACACAGAACACUUCAUUGUUUUGAGGGGGGAAGGAACAUGUGUCACUAACAAAAUGUCUCCCAAGCUGGAUUGGUGAUGGUUGAUGUUGGAAAACAUCUUUCCCUGAUAAUUUUGAAAGACUCCU